AAAAAAUCAGUCGUGUUUAACUGAGGGCUAUAUAUAUAUGGCUCGUCGUUGCUGUUCUGAAAUUUAUCAUCAUUUCAGAGCCCAUAUCUUUCACUUUAGAUUCAUCACUUUAUUGAAGCCUACGUAGCUACAGGUCAGAUUGAAACAACUGCAUCCAGUCCAAUGAAUAAUUUAGAAGAACAUCCGCUUGUUUCUGAAAUUAAAGACAAGGAGGAAAAUGCAUUAGAAGUAAAGAAACAAGAAGCUGCAGUAGUCGAUAUGAAGAAUGAAGAAAAUGCAAUUGAAGAAGAAAAUAAUGAAUUAAAUGCAAUAGAAGCAGAAGAAGAAAGUGAAGAAACUGCAAGCGAAGAAGAGGAAGAAGAGGAGGAUGAUGAUGAUGAAGAAGAAGAAGUAGAAGAAGAAGAAAAUGCACUAGUAGAAGAAGAAGGUGAAGAAAAUGGAAUUGGAGAAGAAGAAAAUGCAAUCGGAGAGGGAGAAAAUGAAGAAAAGGCAGAAAAAGAAAAUAGUGAAAAGAAAACAGAAGUGGAUUCUAAGAAGAGAACUAAAAAACCGCGAAGGAGCAGAAAGAAGAAGGUGGCACGAAGGGGUCCUGCAGAAGAAAAUGCAAUUGGAGAGGAAGAAAAUGAAGAAAAGGCAGAAGAAGAAAAUAACGAAAAGAAAACAGAAGUGGAUUCUAAGAAGAAAGCUAAAAAACCGAGAAGAAGCAGAAAGAAGGAGGUGACACAAAGGGGUCCUGAAACAGUAACUGCUAAAGGAAAAGACAAACCAGAAUCAUCGGGCAAGAAAAAUACUUCAAAGAAGGCCGAGAGUAUGGGGAUGAUUUUUAUGUGCAGUUCGAAAACAAAGAAGGACUGCUACCAGUACAAAGUUCUUGGGCUGCCUGCAAGCAAGAGAGAUAUAGUACAGAAGGUCUAUAAAGGGAUGAGGCUGUUUUUAUAUGAUAUUGAUCUGAGGCUGAUGUAUGGAAUCUACAAAGCUGCAGGACCUGGGGGUUAUAACCUCGAGCCCAAGGCUUUCAAGUCAGCAUUCCCAUCGCAGGUUCGAUUUAAGGUCAUGGAGGAUUGCUUGCCGUUGGCAGAGGAAAAAUUCAAAAAGGUCAUCAAGGAUAACUACUUUACAAAGAACAAAUUUGAUUGCCAGCUGAACUCAGAACAGGUGAAGAACUUGUGUAAGCUUUUCAAUGCUGCCAGUAAAGGAUCCAAGUCUAACAGACCAGGCAGAAGUCUUAGAGAAGAAACCCGUACCUUUGUCGACCGAGACAGAAUUAGACGGCGAGCUCGGGAUGAAGAGAAGAGGCACUCUGCAUUGGUUGGGGACCGUAGGUACCAUGAGCGUCCUGUUAUAUAUGAAAGAGAGGCAUUUGCAUCUCCAGUUGCACCACUUGCCCGAGUUCCAACUUUACCUCCACCAGUUCCUGCUCCAUCAUACGCAUAUGGGAGGACCGUGGAUGCUUAUGGCUGGGACCCACUCUUUCAGCAUCAUGACCGUCAGCUUUUAGAGUUGGAAUCGAGGCGUCGUGGGGAGAUUGAACGUCGUGAUCCCUACAUUUCGUACAGGGAACCUCCUUCAUAUCGCGAUCCACUGUAUUCAGCAAACCUACCACCAGAAUACAAUCGUACUGCAGGACUAACAUCCGAAUACCGUCCUCAUGCAGGCUUAACAUCUGAAUACCGUCCUGCAGCUGGCCUGCCGCCCGAUUACAAUCAUCAUCAUCAACCCUUUUAUCGAUAUUAGAGUUUAGCAUUAGAAAACAGGGAAUACACUCUUUCUUUGGUAUUCUUACCCCCAAGCAUUUUAUGGAUUUCUUUGAUAUUCAGUCUGUUGCCUUGCUUUAUGUUGAGUUGAGGUAGGUUAUAAUUCGGCAUGAAUUCCAACUUUCAGAUCUGGCUAGUCUAUGGUUAUUUGUAUUAGCCAACAUUUAGGUUAGAUGAAUAGUGCAAAAUUAGCUGGAGAUCAGUCUGAAAGGAGUUGUCUGAAGCAGGCUCUGGACCGUAACUUUACCUCUCGUAUAACCGUCUUCUACAUAAAUAUGUGAUUUCUCUCUUUCAACCAACUCUUGCAUUUUUUUUUUUUUUGCUCUGAAAUUUUUUUA